AUGGCGUGUGAACGACUUCUGGAGCGAACCCCGCCCUGCGCUGGACCAGGCAGCCAGCUGUCAGGAGAGCUGUUGAUGCAGCUUUCACCUAAACACCUGGGCUGUGACAUCUGGGGAGUCCCGGUAUCCAGCUGCUUCUGCCUGGGGGCAAUGGCACCCUCCGGAAGCCUUGGGGGGAACGCUGCUGACAGAUCUGUUGUCCACGCAGGACCCCGAAGGCAGGCCCGCAGACGGCGAGCCUGGGAGCCGCGUGUGUGUGAAAGCUCUGCACGGACGCUGCCUGCGCGCGCCGCCCCCGCUCUCGCCCGCCCAGCGACGCAGAGGGGAAGCCGCGUGGCGGAGGUGAGGACGCUCUACGCUUCCUGCCCCACACACUGGAUUGGAUUUGGGAGUCAGUGUUUCUAUUUUUCGGACGACGUGAGGAACUGGACUUCCAGCCAGGCCUUCUGCGAGUCCCUGGACGCCAACCUGGCCCGUUUUGACAGCAUGGAGGAGCUGAACUUCUUGCAAAGACACAAAAAUUCAUACGACCACUGGCUUGGCCUUCGAAGACAGUCCGAGCAGCACAGUUGGAAGUGGGCUGAUAACACGGAGUACAGCAAUUUGGUGAAGGUGCAAGGGGUCGGGCAGUGCGCCUAUCUGAACGCGGUUGGAAUCAGCAGCGGGAGGGUCUACCUGGAGAGGAGGUGGAUCUGCAGCAAGCUGAGCAGCUACGCACAGUGCGGGGCGCCCGCGAGCUCUGCCCUAUCCGGUCCCUCCUGACAGCCCUGCAGCUGUGCAUGUGCUCCAGCCUGAGGGUUACAUAUAAC